AUGAAUAUAUUUAUUUCAAAUAUCGUAUUACAGCUUGUGCUUUGGGAACUUAUAAGGAUGUGGCAGGGGAAGGAGAAUGUCGAAUAUGUCCAGCACAUUCUCGAUCUCCAAAAAUUGGAAGUCCUAACUGCCAGUGUGACGAAGGUUAUUAUCGAGCAAUCAAUGAAACUAUACACGAUGGAUGCUCACGUCAAAUUAUUGUUAAUACUCAGUAGUGAGCCCAAUAAUUUUUCUUCAUCUACUACAGAACCACCAUCGAAACCAUCUAAUCUGGCAACUGUGGAGAUUGAACAAACAUCGGUGGUAAUUGAAUGGGAUGAACCAUUGAUAUUAGGCGGUCGAAAGGAGCUAUGGUACCGUUAUCAAUGUUCGUCGUGCCCGCCAAAAACUAUUGCUAAGCCAUCUGAAAAUACAUUCACUCAGAAGCGACUUGAACUCUCCGGUCUUCGACCUGGAAUGACUUAUACAGUCAUGGUGUUUGCUGAAAAUCAAAUUUCAAAAAUAGCUCCUGAAAUUAGUCAAUACGCGCUCAUCGAAUUUACUACAAGACCUAUUGCCCCAAUGCUUGUAAAAGAUUUGAGAAUCGAAGGAGUGCAGGAUGGUGGAGUUACGAUUGCAUGGAAAUCUCCGAUUGAAGGUGAAUCUAUUGUUCAGCAAUUACGACAACCGAUGUAUGAAGUGCAAUAUUAUUAUAGGACCCACCCUAAAAUACAACUUUUAACUAUGCUGAAACGCCUGGAGUGUGGAAAAUUUACAGUAUUUUCCAAUCUACAAAUAGCGAAAGAUCCCGAAAUAACUGAUUUUAGCUCAAUCAGUAGUGAUAGUGAUAGUAUUUCAGUAUUUCAAUCGGUUAGCUGA